UCUUGUGACUCGCACCAACAGACAGUCAUGGCAGGGUGGCAUUGCUUCGUCAUUCUCCUCGCAGCGCUCGUUCUCUCGUUCUCUUCGACGACUGCCCCGCCUGCCGCUGCUGCCGUCACUCUCGAUCCCUCGCAAGCGGCGGUGCUGGCGGAGUGUCAGAAAAAGUGGGGGCCGAAGGCGCAGCUGACCGGGUGGAGCAAGGGGGGGGAUUGCGCCCAGGUGAAGGGCGUGCGCUGCGAUGCCGCUGGCUUCAUUGUCUCCAUAAACGUCACUUAUCGGCCUCUCUUUGGUCCCCUUCCAGAUGCAGUGGGGAGCCUCACAACACUCACGGAACUGACGCUUACAAAAACAGGACUUUACGGCUCAAUCCCGUCGUCCCUGUUCGGUCUCACCAACCUCGUCACAUUAGAUCUCUAUGGCAAUUGGCUGUUUGGGCCCAUUCCAACAGCCAUUGGUGGCCUUGCUGCGCUCUCACACCUAGAUCUCAGUUGGAAUUGGCUGACAGGCUCCAUUCCAUCAGCUAUUGGUGGCCUUGUUUCCCUCUCAUUCCUGGACCUAAGCAAGAACACCCGCAUCAACGGAACCAUUCCCCUGGAGAUGGAAAGCCUCACCAACCUCAGAUCCUUAGCUCUCAGCUUUAUGGGUUUAACGGGUCCCUUUCCAUCCUGGAUAUCUGGUCGCACUACACUCACCUACAUAGACGUUGUUGGCAACAGGUUUGUUGGAAGCAUUCCAGAGUCCAUUGGCAGUGCCAUCAACCUCAAAGUCUUCUCUGUGUGGCACAAUCAGCUCACAGGCAGCAUUCCAGAGUCCUUCGGCAGCCUCACCAAACUCAACAGCGUGGAUUUGUCUGAUAACCUGUUUGUUGGUACCAUCCCGGAGGGCAUUGGCAACAUGAAGUAUAUAACCUCAUUGGACCUCUCUAACAACCUUUUGACCGGCACAAUCCCCAGUAGCCUGUCUCGUCUCACUGACCUGCAAGAGCUGUUCCUAAAUGAGAACAAGCUGAAUGAGUCCCUUCCUGCCUGGAUUGCAAUGUUGUCCAACAUUGUAGCACUUGAUGUCAGUGGGAACGAGUUGUCCGGGCCUCUACCUGCCGCUCUUGGCAGUUUGACGGGUCUCAGCUUUCUCGACAUCUCAUCCUCUGGUCUCACGUGUCCUCCAGAUACUGCCAGCUGUGUGGUUCGCCAAUCCAAUGAAAGCGCCUUUUGCUCAAAGUGCAAGAGCUUUUGUGACACAUGUACAUCAGAUGAAGCAGCCCUGUCACCUCGGCCAGCACCCCCGGCACCUCCUUCCUCGCCCUCGUCCUCUUCCCACUACGACCUGUCCAUUGGAGCUGUCAUCGGCAUUGUGGCGGGAGCCAUCUUCGUCCUGCUUGUCUUGCUCGGUUCUGCUUGGUGGACUGUUGGACGGCGCAAAGCAUCUGAUGGAGUAUCGUCAGUCCCCAGCUUGCAAAAUGCACCCACACUGUGCCAGAAGUACCCCUGGCUGUUGUCGUUCGCGCCACAGGCAACUGGUCCAAGGACAAGCUACUUGGGUCGGGGUCGUUCGGAGACGUGUAUCGCGGGGUGUGCCCUGAUGAUGGCACCACGCUGUGGGCAGUGAAGCGAGCCAAAUUCAUCAGCGCUGACUUCCACAGAGAGAAGGAUUUGGCUGGAUGGAUGA